AUGUCUGCUAGGAUUUUUGUAGCGUUGCUGGCUGUGUGCUGCACUGUUUCUGCCCAGUCAGAGGUGGAGAACAAGGCGAAGGAAUUUCUGCGGGUGUUCGACGAGGAGGCCACUAAACUCGUGUACCAGCACUCGCUGGCGUCAUGGACCUACAACACCAACAUUACAAACGAGAACGCAGAAAAACUGUCACGAGAGGGGCAAAUUUGGAGCGCCUUCUACACCAAUAUGUCAAAAAAGUCCCAGGAUUACCCCAUCAAUGAGAUCAAAGAUCCACAAAUCAAAUUACAGCUCAUCUCCCUACAAGACAAAGGCUCUGGUGCCCUAUCCCCAGAUCAAGCUGCACGUCUGAGUAACAUCUUGAGUGAGAUGAGUACAAUCUACAGCACAGGGACAGUGUGUCUCAUUGACGACCCCUUUAACUGCCAGACUUUGGAGCCAGGCCUGGAUCAUAUAAUGGCCAACAGCCGAAACUACUCGGAGCGCCUGCAUGUGUGGGAGGGCUGGAGGAGACAGGUGGGGAAGAAGAUGAGGCCUCUGUACGAAGAAUACGUGGAUCUGAAGAAUGAAGCUUCCAGACUAAAUGGAUUUGAAGACUACGGAGCUUACUGGAGAUAUAACUAUGAGACGAUAGAUGAGGAAGGUCCGUACAAAUACACCAGAAAUGACCUGAUGGAGGACGUCCGUUCUAUAUACAGAGAGAUCCUGCCCUUGUACAAGGAGCUGCAUGCCUACGUUAGAGCCAAGCUUAUGGAGGUCUACGAAGGAGACAUUGAUCCACAAGGACCUCUGCCAGCCCACCUGCUGGGUGACAUGUGGGGAAGAUUCUGGACCAACCUGUACCCUCUGGUAGUCCCCUACCCGAAGAGAACAGAUAUUGAUGUCACCGAAGCUAUGUUAAAUCAGAGCUGGACUGAGCUUCGGCUUUUCGAAGAAGCAGAGAAGUUCUUUAUGUCUGUGGGCCUUUACGAGAUGUUCCCAAACUUCUGGAAUAACUCCAUGCUGGUGAAGCCUGACGAUGGCCGCGACGUGGUCUGUCACCCCACAGCCUGGGACAUGGGAAACAGAGAGGACUUCAGGAUCAAAAUGUGCACCGUGGUUAACAUGGACAACUUCCUCACUGUGCACCAUGAGAUGGGUCACAACCAGUACCAGAUGGCCUACCGUAACCUGUCCUACCUCCUGAGGGACGGAGCCAACGAGGGCUUCCAUGAGGCUGUCGGAGAAAUCAUGUCCCUCUCUGCUGCAACACCCAAACACCUGCAGGGCCUGGGUCUCCUGCCACUCGACUUCACUGAUGAUAACGAAACAGAGAUCAACUUCCUGAUGAAACAGGCGCUCACCAUCGUGGCCACACUGCCGUUCACCUACAUGCUGGAGGAAUGGAGGUGGCAGGUGUUUGCAGGGGAAAUCCCCAAGAAAGAGUGGAUGAAGCGCUGGUGGGAGAUGAAGACGGAGCUGGUAGGGGUGGUGGAGGGAGUGCCAAGAAAUGAAGAGUACUGUGACCCACCUGCUCUGUUCCAUGUAUCUGGAGACUAUUCCUUCAUCAGGUACUUCACAAGAACCAUCUACCAGUUCCAGUUCCAAAAAGCGCUCUGUAAAUUGAGUAAUCAUACAGGUCCCUUGUCUUCAUGUGACAUUACUGGCUCUAAAGCAGCAGGAACCAAGCUGAAGGAUAUGUUAAAACUGGGAAAGUCGGAGUCCUGGACCAAGGCUUUGGAAACGAUAUCCGGUGACGUUAGGAUGAACGUCCAACCCCUUAAGGACUAUUUCCAAAAACUUGAAGACUGGCUGAAGGCAGAGAACAAGAAACACAACAGGAUGGUAGGCUGGGCGACAGGCAGUAAGCCAUAUGACAAAUAUUCCAUCACAGUGAGACUAAGUUUGAAGUCUGCCAUGGGCGAUGACGCUUAUCCCUGGAACGACAACGAGAUGUUCCUGUUCAAGUCCAACAUUGCAUUUGCUGUGAGGCAGUACUACACCCAAAAGAACCAGACCCUUCUCCUCACAACAGAGAAUGUCCUCACAACUAAACCAACUGAUAGAAUCUCCUUCAACAUGACCGUCACAGAUCCAAGAUAUUCCCUCUCAUAUAUCCCAAAGCAUGAAGUGGAGGCUGCCAUACGGAUGUUUCGAGGCCGAAUCAACGGUGCCUUCCAACUGGAUGACAGUACGCUGGAGUUCGAGGGUAUCCUACCAACACUGGCCCCUCCCGUGGAGCAGCCGGUGGAGGUGUGGCUGGUGGUAUUUGGGGUGGUCAUGGGAAUCGUGGUGCUCGCAGGCAUCUACCUCAUCGUCUCUGGUGUCAAAGAGCGCAGAAAGCAACCCCCAGUGGCAGGCGUUGAGAAUCCAUACGAUGAAAAGCUUGAAGGAAAACCUAACAAAGCCUUUGAGGACAGUGAGGAUGAACUAACUGGAUUCUGA